AUGCGAGAGAUUGUGAAGCAGGGCCAGCUGGCCGAGGCGAGAAUCGUGAUCGACAGACUCUCGGCUCAGACGACGGCGGUCCCACCAGAUCCCCCAGGACCACCAGCUGCGGCGACUACGACGGGUCUGAACGGCAACUACCUGGUGGAUGCGAGAGCCCUGGGCAAUCCGCUGCCGUUCUCAGGAGAGGUGACGGGCGAGGGCAAGCCAGGGGGUGGGUCUUCAUUCACGUUCAGAGUCUACGCGGGAACCGUCGACGCAUCGUGCAGAGAGACUCUGGACUUCGCAGCUAGACGGACGGACGAGGACCAGCCCAUCAGCAAAAUCACGAUCGAGCCCCAUGAGAGGGGGCGAGCGCUGUCAGUGGUGCAGCGUGUGCCCGAGGGCUGGGGCAUCGAGGCGUGGAGUCAGCUAUGCAUCGAGUUCGAGCCGAAGCUCCCGAGUCGCUUCCAGGGCAUGCUGCAUCACCUACUGGACCCUGCGCGUGGCCCAGACGCAGUCGAGAACAUUCAUGCGUGGGAGCGGAAGCUGACGCAGCACGAAGAGCAGUCGGGCGACACGAUUGCCGACACAAUCAAGCUGGCGACGCUCAACAGGAAGCUCCUGGAAGGAACGAGGCGAUCUCGCACGUACCUGCGCGCGACGGCCAGCCAGGAGCAGGAGCCCGCGCCCAUGGACCUGAGCCCCGUGACAGGAGAGCUGUACCUUAUCACGAGGUGCGGCAAGGGCAACGGCAAGGGCAAGGGCAAGACAGGCAACGGCAAGAACCACGACGGCAAGGGUAAAAACAAGAGGGUCUGCUUCUACUAUGCCAGGCCGAACCACGCGAAGCAAGAGCGCAGGGUGUCGGCGACGGACCGCACGAACAAUGACAUCAAGCCGGACAAGGCAGGGCGAUACAUGGGCAAACCAGUCGACAUGGUUAUUGGCAAGCGUGCUGACACCGAGAAGGGAGACAUGGCGGCGCUGUCGGAUGGCGACCACUACGAUGAGGCAGACGGGUACGUCUUCGCCCUGACCGACGAGGUGUUCGUGAUGGGGGGCUGCUGCGCGCUCGAGGGCGACGACAUCGACCUCUUCUUCGACGCGCGUGCGGCGGAGUGCGUCUGUCCGCCGACGCGGGCACCAGAGGUCGCUGUCGAGGGGUGCGGCGGCGUGGCGCUCGAUCAGGCGGACGGCGACGAGGUCUCGCACUACGGCAGAAAGGAGGCGAGCAUGAUGGGCCAGAGCUCGGGCGAGCAGUUGACGGUGAAAUUCGAGGCGAAAGGUGCGCGGAAGCCGAUCAUGGCAGCGAGCUCGGCGGUCGACGCGGGCUACAGAGCGCGGCUGAACGACGGGAGCGGCGAGCUGCGCGCGGCGACGGAGAAGGACGAAGAGCAGAUGAAGCGCGCGAGGUGCUGCGUGGCGGGCCAGGCGACCGAGGGCCCCCGCGAGGGCCAGUCAAAGGGGUCGACGGCCGCGAAGCUCGCGCCGGGCUACUGCUUCCUGGCGCGCGAAGGGGAGCCGCAGAAGGUGGCGAAGAAGGGGGUCGACGACGUUGCGGUCGAGUUCGCGCUCUCCUAUCCCGAGGCGUUGCUUUUGGAGCUACGCCGGCGCCGAGUCGAGCACCAUCGCGCAGCGAUCGAGAAGUCCACGAAACACAGCGGCAAGGCGAACGGCAGCAUCGAGGUGGUGGCGCGCAGGGCGGGGUCGCUCACUCGCACCUGCGUCGCCGUCAUCGAUGACAAGUACAAGACCGAGGCGACGAGCCUGCCGGUGACCCCCCCGUGGCUGGUCAGGCACCCGGUGUGCAUCGUCGCCGGGUUCGUCUUGAAGAGCGAUGGCCCGAGUGCCUGGGCGACGAUGCGGGGGGCGGAGUGCACGUGGCCUCUCGCGGGCGCGGGCGAGGCGGCGUGCUUCAAGUUGAUUCGCAAGGACCAGUCGAAGCUCGACCGCGCUGGAGUGUUCCUCGGACGGAGGGGCGAGAGCGAUGAGGUCGUCGUGGGCGCAGCGCGUGGGAUCGAGUUCGCCUGGUCAUUCAAGAGACGCGAUGUGAGCGAGCACUGCGUCCAGGGGCAGUUCUCGCCGCCCAUCGGCGCGCCCUGGGACCCUAGAGCCCCGGCGACGGGGGCCCCAGUUGCGAGCGCAAGGCGGAGGUGCAUCACUCGCGCCCUGAUCGAGGAGCACGGCGAGAGCCCUGACUGCGCGGCCUGCCCGCGGCUGUCGAGCGCGCGCGCGAUCGCGCGCAGGGCUCGCUUCGAGGAGAUCUUCAGGAAGCAGGCCGAUCAGCUGAUCCAGCCGUGCCCUCGGCGCGCUCUGCGGCUGGCGCUGGAGGGCGCGAAGCGCGAGCUCGACGCGAUGGAGGAGUUCGAGGCGAUGGCCUGGAAGAGGCGCAGAGAGAAGCCACCAGGGGAGAGGGUGAUUUCCACCGAGCUCUUCCACGCGCGAAAGGGACCAGACUGCGCGCGAUCACGCAUCGUCGCACGAGACUCUGCAGGGGGCGUCUUCGCACCAGAACAUUCUGCAGAGGCACCUCCGACGUGGGCGCUGAAGCUGGUGAUCUCGAGGCUGGCAUCGCGCGGAGAGUCGAGGCAGCUCGCGUCGCACGACGACUCGGUGGCAUUCUUCCAUGCGCAGCUGAAGGCGCUUUACGGGGUGCGGGAGUCGAGCGCUGACCUCCAGGAGCUGGUGCGGGGCGCGUGCCGAGGGCGCGGCUGGGACAUCCUGGCGACGGCGCCUUGCUUGGCGUGUCGCAGCGAGUGGGACUGCCUGGCGGGGUUCCACGGCGGCGACUUCUACGCCGAGGGCGAGCCGCAGCAGCUGGGCAAGGUCGACGCCAUGAUCACGGGGAGCUCCAAGGACAAGGGCAUGGUCCUACGGCGGCUUCUACCGUGGAACCCGAACGGGUUCAUCCUGCUGCUUGACCCGAAGCACUUCGAGAACCUGAGCACGCUGCUGGACCUGAGUGGCGCGCAGCCGCCCUCGACGCCUGUCAGUCGAGCGACGGGCAAGAACGCGCGAGACGCACUGGAGGAGCUGAAGCGGGCCGGGAAGGCGAUCUACUGCAGGGGCACCGGUAUAUGCAUGCACAUCGGCCCAGACCGCUGCGACAUCCAGUUCGCUGCGAAGCAGCUGGCAUCAGACGCGGCGCAUCCGACGUGCCUGAGUAUGAUGAGGUUGCGGAGGCUGGCGCGCUACCUGGCUGGGACGCACGACGUUGGCAUCGAGUUCUUCUACCAGGCGCCCUGGAACGACAUCGCGGCGCACUCCGACGGCGACUGGAGCGGCGACGUCCAGACAUGCAAGAGCACGCUGGAGACCCCUGCGCUGGCCAUCUCAUCGAGGGCUGGAGCAUCGCCCAGGUCGGAGUUCUAUGCGCUCGGCGUGGAUGCGGCUCGCGGGAUCACAGUCGAGCAGGUGAUGGUCGGGAUCGCUGAAGAGGGAGCUGGACUUCGAGCGGGCGCGAAGCUGAUCAUCCGCGCGGACUCAGACGCGGCCCGCGGCAUGAUCCAUCGAGCGCGCCAUUUCUGGCACCAACAGGCGCCGAGGGAGAAGCAGCUCGAGAUCGAGCGAGUCGACGGCGAGAAGAAACUGAGUGAUGCAGGGGCGAAGGCGCUCGACCAGGAGGUGCUGCAGGCCUGCGUGGUGAACCUCGGGGUCGCGGGUGGGGCCGCGGCAGGUUUCGGCGCGGGCGAGGCCGCCCAGGUCCUGGCCGCGCCGUGGCUGCGUGCGACGGCCCGGGCCGCCUGCGGAUCGGACGUGGGCACCUGCGCGGCGGGUGCGAGCCAGACAGAGACCUGCGGCUUGACGAUCAAAGUGUUUGUAGCGAUCACCCUGAUCGCCGCGGGCUUCAUGGCGGGCGUGCUCUACGAGAAGCACCACUCAUGGGGAUAG